AUGGACGACCCUAAUUACCAGGACUGCUGGAGCGAUGCUCACCGAAGAUGGUAUCGCAAGCGAUAUGAUCAUUAUAAUGCACAAUGGAUCUUUCACGACUGGCUCCCAGCUCAGAGACACGAUUCUGUAUAUGAUCCGCCUGUGAAUUUCCAACAAAACACCCCCGCCGUUGCGUCCAGUGCCAAUGCUGGUCCCGCGUAUCCCCGCAUGGGAAAUAGAGUGGAAGGCUCUUACAACACAUUGAACCCGGGAACCUCUGAGGUGCUCGACCCAGCUUACUACGUGAGGGCCCAUGACUACUUCCAGGAAGGCAGGCUCUUUGCGGUGCUAUUUACCGAAGCAGCCGGUAUGCAAUCUACUCUCAACGCUGUCACCGACUACAACACAGCACUCUCUCGCGUACGAUACAAUGAGCUGGCUCACACUCAAGUGCGCCGAUUUAUCGUUGUUCGACGUAAACGAGGCUUCUGCUAUGCUGUUCCCAUAUUUACCUACUCCAACCAAGGCACCACGAAGCCAGGUGUUGUCCCAGAAGAGCAUUCCAUUGCCUAUUCAUUUCGUAGUACACCCAGACUGCUCCCUGGAGAGCAACAGCUAUCUAAAAGACCCAUCUGCAUCGUUAUGAAUGAAGGCGAGCGCCUAGUUCCAGCUUCAAGAAUAUUCUUCGGUAUUCAUCACCCAAUUCAAUACAACGUCAAGGUCAAGGAUCUAGGCUUUGUACACCAACGCGACAUGUCUAAUCUCCUGGGCUACUGGAACCAAGAGAUUGGAAAUGACACGCAACAACCUUACGAGGUUACCGAGGCUGCUGCUGACGAUUAUGAAUAG